CCGCGGGGACACCAGGGGCCGCCUGGGGCCCCGAGGGCAACCGGGGGCGUGGCGCACCUGCGCAGGCUCACCGACUGCACGGGCUACGGCUCCCGGCGCCCACUCCGCCGCGCCUCUCCGGACCCUGGAGCCCCUGCUCCGCGGCCUUUGGCCCCCAGUCCCGCCGGACGCCGCACGGCACCCACUUGCCCGCCCCGUUCCAGCCUGGAAGCACAGGCCGGCAGCCGUCACAGCGCCAUGCCCUCGCUAGGGGACCUGGUGCACGACUGGCACCGGGGCGUGCAGGCGGUGGCCCGUGGGGACUGGGGCUGCGCCCUGCGCCUCUUCUCGGGCGACCCGGACCCGCCCGCCAAGAUGUGCUUCAACUUGGGCUGUGUGCACCUGCUGGCCGGGGACCCGGAGGCCGCGCUACGGGCAUUUGACCAAGCAGUGACCAAGGACACAUGCAUGGCUGUUGGCUUCUUCCAGCGAGGUGUGGCCAACUUCCAGCUGGAGAGGUUCCAGGAGGCCCUGUCUGACUUCCGGCUGGCCCUGGCGCAGCUGAGGGGUAAUGCGGCCAUCGACUACACGCAGCUGGGCCUGCGCUUCAAGCUGAAGACCUGGGAGGACCGCGCGGUCGGUGGCGCAGAAGGGGGCGGAGGCGGACAGGACGCUCCCGGAGCUCCCAACCUACCCCUGAUGCUCGGAGCAGAGAACCUACCUCUCCGGCUGCGGGUCUGGAGACCGAGGUCGGCCCGGCAGAGCCCCGCACCUGCUGACAGGCCGGAUGCCAGUCCCCGGGUGCUCUUCAACGUGGGGGCGGCACAGUGCGCGCUGGGACUGUGGGCUGAGGCCGCUGGCAGCCUAGAGGAAGCCCUCUGCAAGGGGCCAGAGGGGGCCGGGGAAGACCUGCAUGCUGCCCUGGCCCAAGUGCAGGUCUGCAUUGGCUGGACCCCCUCCAGAAACAGGCUACCCUGCAGCUGCGGCAGGUCCCCAGGGGUGAGGUCUUUCGGCCUCACAGGCGGCAUGUGGAGCACCUGGAACCCGUGGAUUUCCUGGGCAAGGCCAAGGUGGUAUCCUCUGCCAUCCCUGAUGACCAUCUCCAGGGCUCCCGGCCUCAGCAGCGCCAGGUUUGGGACACAAAGGAUGCAGCCAGACCUGGACCUGCCCCACGGGCUCCCCCCAUCCCGCAGGGCUGGAGACACAGGCCUCUGUGGAACUGCCGUCUCUGGCAGUCCCGGUGUGCUCCCUGGUGUAGGGACAGAGGCUGGCUCUGGACGGGUGGCGCAGGCUGACCACUGUGCGCCAGUCAUCUACGAUGAGCAGAAGCCCUGCAUGGAGCAAGUUGGCAAACACAUUCCUCCAGGCCCACCGGCAGCAGGGAGGCCAGAGCCCAGCCCCUCUGAGGACCCCUCCGGCACCAGGGUGGUGGCUACAGGCGGCCCUGAGUCCUUGGUGACGGUCACCGUGCAGUGUGCCUUCACCCUGGCCCUGAAGGUCCCCUGGGGAGCUGGCCUGCCCCACCUGCGGACCCUGCUGAGCCAGGCUCUCCCUCUGCAGGCCCAGCAUGGGCAGCUCAGUUACCGGGAUCCUAGCCAUGAGGCACGCUGGGUCGCCCUCCCCGGGGAGGAAGCACUGCAGGGGGCCUGGCGAGACACAGCGGCCAGCCCCAGGGGACUGCAGCUGCAGUGCCGGGCAGCAGGCAGCCGGCCAGUCCUGUACCAGGCGGUGGCCCAGCACAACUACUGUGCCCAGGGGCCUGAGGACCUAGACUUGCGGCAGGGGGACAUGGUGGACGUCCUGUGUGCAGUGGACCCGGCGUGGCUGGAGGGCCACUGUGACGGCCGCAUCGGCAUCUUCCCCAAGUGCUUCGUGGUCCCAGCUGGAUGGUGCAUGUGAGGAGCCUGACACCCCAAAUCCAGAGAAGAAAUCGCCCCAGGAUGAUUUCUUCCUGUGGCAAGGAGGGUUUUAAUAAAGCAUCUUCCCCACACUGAGGUGUGGUCUGUA